AUGGAUUCUGCUUUCCUUAAGCAGCUGAAUGAUGUCCAGUCUCAAGGAGUGCCAGACGGGGAUGCCUCAUCAGAUCAGUAUGGUGGCAUUAGUAGUCCUACACCGGUGGUGUCCACUCCUAGUGGACAAGUGCGAGGCACUAUAAGGUCAGCUCCAGCCAUAUCAAACAAACCCGUCUUCACGUUCCUGGGCAUCCCGUUUGCAGCGCCCCCUGUCGGUGACCUGCGGUUCCGCCCACCUGAGCCAGUUGAACCCUGGGAAGGUGUCAUGGACGCCAACGAGUUUGGUCCAAGUUGUCCGCAAGACUUUGCGGUUGUCAAGGCGACCUUUCCUAAAUUCAUUCCGUUGGACCUUCCACACGAAACCAUCAGCGAAGACUGCCUUGUGUUGAAUAUUGUAACGCCCUCUUUGGAUACCAGCGCUGCUCUUCCCGUGAUGGUUUGGAUCCACGGGGGUAACUUCGUGUCCGGCACCGGGUCCAUGUACAACUUUACCGCACUGGCCGCUCACCAAGACGUGGUUGUCGUCACCGUUAACUACCGGCUCGGAGCGCUCGGGUUUCUCAGCACGGGAGACGACAACGCACCCGGAAACUACGGACUUCUGGACCAGAUCCAGGCCCUGCGGUGGAUCCAGCUCAAUAUCCGGGACUUUGGUGGCGAUCCGGAUCGAGUGACCAUAUUUGGGGUAUCAGGAGGAGGUGUCAGUGUUUCGCAUCUGCUCCUUUCUCCUUUGAGCUCUGGACUCUUCCACCGCGCCAUUGCCCAAAGCGGAACGGCUCUCACCGUACCGACAACCGCCAGCCCUCUGGCUACAGCCACGGUCCAGGCGGAGGAGGUCGGCUGUGACGAUCGGGACAUCGGGGCCAUGAUGUCCUGUCUGAGAGAGAAGCCAUUUCAGGACAUCGUGGAUUCAGCUUCACGGGUAGAACAAAGACUGAGCGGCCGGGGAUCUUCGCUUUUCAGUCCAGUCGUGGACGGUGAAUUCAUGUUGGACUCGACAAAGAACGUGAUCAAGAGUGGAAAGUUGACUACCGUUCCCUGCGUAUUGGGCCUCACCAACCAUGAGUUCGGCUACUUGUUACCGCGCCUGUUGUUCCCGGGCUUCGGUGACGGCAUGCAACCUGAAGUCUGCACGGCCAUAAUAAAGAAUAUGCUGUCGAAAGGAAACCAGGCGUUGAACAUAGACGAGGUGGUAGCCAAGGUGCUGGAAGAAUACAAGAGCCCAGAGGAGCAACACAGUCCAAUGGCGGAACAAACCCGACUUUGCCAGAUCUGCGAGGAUUACACGUUUUACGUGCCUAUGAUGGAAGUUGCUAACGCUCAUGUCGGUGCAGGGAGUCCUGUCUAUCUGUAUGAGGUUCAGCACAGGCCGGCCACAACCGCCUACAAACCCGACUGGGUCGGCUGUGAUCACGGGGACGAUAUAAACUUCAUCACUGGCCUGCCGUUUCUCGGAGAAGACGGCCCGACACAUCCGGGACAGACACUAAUGUUCUCUGAGGAAGACAGGAAAGUUAGCCUCGACAUGAUGGAAUACUGGGCUAACUUUGCAAGGAUGGGGGAUCCAACGGACUCCAGUGGCAGCCCGUCCUUACAAUCCAACCUGACCAAGUGGCCGCCUUACAACUCUGAAAACCCAGCAUACCUCAAGCUGGCCGUCAGGUCAUCCAGCGAUGUUGGCCUGAAGACCGACCGACUUCGGUUCUGGAACUCCCUUCUUCAGUCAGCAUCAUCUGUCCAUGCGAAUGGCAGCCACUCAAAAGAAGAACUAUGAGACUCGUCCAAAUUAAGUACGGAUUCACUGAUCCAUUUAAUGAAACUCGAAAAAAAAUAUAGUUGAACCUGUAUAAGUCCGGAUAUCUCAACUGACGAUUAAAAAGUAUUGGUUUUGUACGACGUUACACAUGACAACGUCGAUGACGGUUAGACAUCCAGGUAAUAACAUACGCCAAAUAGCAAGUAUUCAAGCAACUGGAUAUGAUUAUGGAAACGGUCAGACGUUUUGGAUAUAAGACACUACUUCUCGUCAGUGACACUGAGGAGGUAUGCUGAACUACAGCUUUUGAAUCAUAACUAUAAAAAUGAUAUGUGAAGGAGGUGAAGACAAAUUAAAGAUAUCCCGAAAGGAAACAUAAAUAAGAAAAAGCCAAGACAAUGCCUGACUGCUUCCAAAAGUAAGACAGCGUCUGACAGUUCCAAAAUCAUAACCAGUUGCUUACAAACUUCUAUUUGGCUACCAUAUAAUAUAU